AUGUCAAGUCAAUCCUUUACACAAGUUAGUCGGAAAGAACGAGAUUUGAUGAUAAGGGUUCUGAGGAAUAUCAGCGAGGCCGCCAAAAUUGGAAAAUUGGUGUUGCAAUUAAAAGCGGAUGACCGAAUGGGUAUUGUUAACGAUGUUGAGUAAGCUUUUCAUUCAGUUUGACCUGUGCUUAUAUUUUUUCCACAUUUUGUUAUAAUUUUGCUUUAGUUACCGAAUAGACCGCCGAUCCGAUCCCAAACGUCAAUUCACAAUCGAUGAGAACGGGACGUUAAGUCUUGCCGGAUCUUUAGAUCGAGAAGAGAUUCCCAAGUACGAAUUGAGGAUUGAAGCGGCCGAAUCAAGUAAUAUUUAUUUCAGGCGCUCAAAAUAAAAUUUCAGAUAAAAGCAACGAUGAUUUAUACGUGGACGUGACUGUGAAUGACGUGAAUGACAACGCACCCAAUCUCUAUAUCUUCCAACCGUCAAACCAGACCUUCCUUGGACCCUGUAUUUUUAUGGAAAAUACAGAUCCAGAUGAAAUUCUACCCUGUGAAGUCAGAGGAAGUGAUCCGGACACCAACAUAUAUGGACCCCCAUUCAAUAUGACCGUGGCUGGAAAAUUUAAGGAGCUUGAGCAAUUGGAGAUCAGUUUUGAUGAAACAUUGGAUGGAGGGAAUGGUGGGAUGACAAUAAAACCAUUGAAAACACUUGACAGAGAAAAGAAAAAAGUGUUUAAAAUACCGAUCGAAGUGUCGGAUGUGGGAGGAAAAACGGCAAUUAGAACAGUCGAGGUCAUUGUGGGGGACAAGGUAAGAACAAGUUACAGUAAUUGGAAUUUCAUUGUGUAAACUAAUUUUUUUUUAUUUUUAGAAUGACAACCCAAUGAGUAAUGCAAACAUGACUAUUGAAGUAUACCUGUACGAAAACUUCACCAAGGAUCAAUAUAUCGGCACUGUCUAUGUUCAGGAUGAAGAUGAUUGGGACAUCAACAAUAAAACCUUCGAGAUGCAGGCCGAACACGAAUUCUUUACUGUUGAAAAAGAUACCGGAAGAGUUCGUUCUAAGUUGAUAUCAAUAGCAGAUGCUUCCAUCAUUAUUUAUAAUCUCAUUUUAGAUUAACAUGCUCUCCACUACUCUCCCCGGUCUGUACACUUUUACGGUCGAUGUCACAGACAAUUCUCGAGACAAUGACCAUGCUCAAAGCUUCGUUACAGUCAAAGUUUAUCCCAUUUCCAAAGUCGCAUUUGAUCAUCAAGCGGGAAUCAGAAUCUCUGGAGACAGCCACAAAUACAAUGAGAAUCCUGGAUACUUUUUGCAAGGGCCAAGGGAGAACUUUCUUCAGAAAUUGGACGAAAAACUCAAGAAUCUUGGCAAGGAGAACAUCCAGAUUGAUGUUUUCUCGCUUCAAAGGUCGGAAUUUGAAGGAACAUACGAUCUGAGGUUUACUGUAAAUGCUGAUGGUCGAUAUUUGUCAAAGUCAAUGGUCGAAGGGAUAAUUGGAGCACAUUGGAAAGAGUUUGAGGUGGCUUUGGAUGGGAAUAUUCAAGCCGUCGGAAUAGAUUUAUGCAAAUUUACGCGAUGCGAUAAUGGCUGUCAGACCAAACAUCAUGCGAAUGAAGUGAGUUACAGAGUAAAGUUUUGCUUGAAAUGCAUUUUGCUAAGACCGUGGGGUCACUUCACAUUGUAAAACAUAAAAUCUUGUUCCUUUUAGGUAGGGAUCGUAAUCUCCGCCAAUUCCACCGUCCUUGUUGGAGUCAAUUCCACCUCCGAAGAUGUGUGUCAAUGCCCAAUUCCAUCGACUUUCGAUGGUUGCUCGUAUGGUUAUUGCCACAAUGGGGGGAUCUGUUACAAUUACCAUCAUCCUGGAGCUCUGUGUUAUUGUAAAGGAGACCUGCCGGGAGAAAGAUGCCAGGGAUCUACAAGAUCUUUUAAUGGCACGGGAUUCGUUUGGAUGAAGACUUUACCCGCCUGCAUUCAUUUGAAUAUAUCGUUGUCUUUUAGAACGUAAGUUUUUAUUUUUUUAUAUAAUAUAUGAUGACUAUGUUGUAAUAAUCUUAUUCAAUGUUAGCAAAGACGAUGGUGUAAUCUUAUACAAUGGGCCGUAUACUCUCGACUCGUCAUACGAGGAGAAUCGAAUCAUAUACGGCGAUUAUAUAUACGUAGCGAUUGAAAAGGGAGAGCUGAGGAUAAAGCAACUGAAUGGCCAUAGAGAAGUUGCUCUCAAACUUUCUUCAAAAGUAACUGACGGCAAAAUUCAUAAUAUUCAAAUAAUUCAAAACAAAAAGAGACUUGAAGCCAUCUUGGAUUACUGUAGAGGAAAUCGAAAGGUCUGUUAUGACUACCAGGACAGUGACGAUGACGAAAGACUAAAUGUAAAUACUCCGCUUCAAAUUGGAGGGCUCUACAGGGCGAAUAAUGAAGAUGAUUAUCCAAAUUUGGAAGUAAAAGCGGGCUUCAAAGGGUGUAUAAUGGAUUUGAAAGUGAAUGGGGAGCAAUAUGAUCUCCAAUCUCCUGAAGUACAGGUCGAAACAUCCAGUAACUGUGAUUGUGAUCAAACUAAAUGCAUAAAUGGACAGUGCUAUCGGGUUAAUGCAAAUACAGAGGCCUGCAAGUGUUCAAUUGGGUGGUUUGGAGAGAAAUGCGAUCAGCGUUCACCUUGGACCCAGUUUACAAAACCUCAGGCUUUUGCCAAAUUUCAUGUGAAAGAUUGGCAACAACAGGAUGUAAAGACCUUGAUGAUUACAAAUGAUGCCUAUCCAACUGGAACAAUUGGAAGUCUAGGCAAUGAUGAAAAUGUAAGUGGUCCAUAAGCAUCCUAGAUUAUUCUUUAGGAGAUAUCUUCCAUCACUCUUUCCAAUGGAUUUCCCGGAGCCAAGAUAAUAAAUGAUUCUUCUCCAAUCCAUUCUGCCCUCCAACUUCUUCCAAAAAUUCCCUAUCUCCUCCAUUUCCAUCGAGAACAUUACAUAACCUCCCUCUCCAUCGAUGGGAAGUCCCAUACGUCUAAAGUCAAAAACGGGGGAGCCUUGGAACCAAUUAGUUCACUGACCAUCGGAAAUGGCUCCAAAAGUUUUGCUGGAUGUAUCCGCUUCCUUCACUACAAUGACGAUCAUUUUAUGAUAAGAGAGGCUGGCGAGGAUGAUAAUCGAACUCCCAAAAGUGGUCAAAGUAUCCAACAAAGAGAUACGAAGCCCGGUUGUGACAUCCUGAUGACAUGUCGAUCUCUAGCGUCGGGAUAUUGCCCUGAGGGCCAAGUCUGUCACGAUCAUUGGAAAGGUCCCAUUUGUGUGUGCCCUGAGGGAAACACAGCCUUCAUUCGAGAUGAUGGGACUCUCUCACAUUGCUAUGCGGAAGGACGCUUAACCAUCACUCUGAUUGCCCUCAUAUUCAUAAUACUUUGCUUGAUUCUACUGUUAUUACUGUGCCUACUUUCUAUUUGUUACUGUUUCUCAACACCCGACCCCAUAAUAGUCGAGGAUCUUCGGUUGGAGAGCGAGGACACGGGAAUCUUGAAGAAUGAUAACUUGGAAUGUGGAGAGACGGACAACUCCAAGUAUAACCUUGAUAAUCUAAGGCGACCUCCAGAACCGGUGCCACCACGUCAAUUCAGAGCUCCCGGUAUGCCCAUUAUUCUAUUUCAAUCACUUUCAGGAGAUCCCUAUGCUGAUCAAUUGGAUAGAGACCCAAACAGUGGGCCUUAUGAUGAGUUAAGGCUAUACGAAUUGGAGGGGGAUAAUCAAUCCACAAUUACUUUCGAAUCGAUCGACUCGAUCAACAGGGGACCUGUUCAAUAUGAUCACAGAAGAAGAUACUAG